AAUACUUGUUCUCCCCACUGUACAUGUGUAUAUGUAUAUAUAAGUCCAUUACGUGCAAUGACACCUUUCAGCCACCAAGGGGGGCCUGGCCCCCCCUUAAACUCCGCUUAUGAUUGACCCAUGUGAUCUGAUGAGACAGGCAGGCUUUCUUGUGUACCGUAGUGCUCAAUUUGAACAUUUAGGUAUGUUGUCUUUUGUUGCCAGGGGUUUAAAUAUUAAUGGCUAUAUUUUGAGUUAUUUUGAGGGGAAAAUAAAUCAACUCUAUUAUAUAAGCCGCACACAGACUACUUUUCAUUGUCUAAAAGUGUCAUUUUGUCAGUGUUGUCCCAUGAAAAGAUAUACUUAAGUAUCUGCAGAAAUGCGAGGGGUGUACUCACUUUUGUGAUACACUGCAUUUUGCUCUAUAAAUGCCAUUAAUAACGAUUGAUGUCCUAAUCUAUUUAACUGGGAGGACAAUCUUGUUUUUGUACGUUGGUGGUGUGGUAGGGGUUGGAAGGGGGAGUCAAAAAAUUAACCAGGACCUCUACUGCUUAAAUAUGCAAUUUGUGCUCGACCAAAUAGCAAUUUGAAGAUAUGCCCUCCCAGACAGGAUCUAAAUAGUUAUUUUUUUAAAUUAGCAAAACUACUCAAUUCUCCCUAACAGGGGUUAAACCUGAUGAGUUUGAUACUCCUGCACUAUUGGAUGCAAACUGCAGCACUUUCAACAGUGCAGUAUUGGUAUGUAUAUGAAUAUGUUGAACUUGUGCGAUGUAUUACAUCGUUUUGCAAAACCCAUGUUUGAGUUGUGCACAACUAAUCAAUCAAAAAAGAUAAAAGACAAUGCUCAUAAUUAACACACAAUGCAACGGCUUCUAAUAUCGACCAUUAUCCAGUCGAAUUACAAAACCCGAAACGGCCACUCCAUUUACGCAAGGGUGAGCAAACGAUUCCACAAAGGGCCGAAGUGGGUGCGGGUUUUUGUUGUAACCUAUCAAGAGGAUACUUUUUCACCAAUCCGGUGUCUUACAAGUGCAAUCAGUUGAUUGCAGUCAGGUGCUUUUUGUUUCCCCGGGCCUCUCAUCGGUUAAACCGCCUGUGCAGGAUCAGUUGUAACAAAGACCAGGAUCUACUGCGGCCCUUGAGGACCGGUUUGCUCAUCCCUGUGUGAUGGUCUCCACAUAAUGGAGCGAGAAUGAACAGAGAGCGGCUGAAAAAAAAGCAUGAACUGGAGGUUUAUUGAGGUCAUCUGCUUCCUGUUUAUAUGGGACCAUAUAACAGUUCAGUCUUCCCGCCAAGACCCGUUGGCAACUGAGCAACAUGUUGCCAAGCAGUAUGACUGGCUCAUCUCCGACCGUGGGCCGUUCCACCACUCCCGCAGUUAUCUGUCCUUUGUGGACAGAUUCCGCCAAGGAUUCACGACCAGAUAUAAAAUUUAUAGGGAAUUUGCACGUUGGAAGGUGAGGAACACAGCCAUUGAGAGGCGGGACCUGAUCCGGAACCCCGUGCCACUCAUGCCCGAGUUCCAGCGCAGCGUCCGCCUGCUGGGCCGAAGACCGACCACACAGCAGUUCAUUCACACCAUCAUUAAAAAAUAUGGGACCCACAUUCUCAUCUCAGCCACGCUGGGAGGGGAGGAGGCAUUGACAAUGUACCUGGCUAAAAACAAGCUGGACAGGAAGCUCGCCAAUGCCACUCAAAAUGUGGAAGCCCUACAUCAGCUGGCUUCAUCCUACUUUAUUGACCGCGAUGGCACGAUGAGGAAGCUGCAUGAAAUCCAGAUAUCCACCAAUGCCAUCAAGGUGACGGAGACACGCACGGGGCCACUGGGAUGCAGCAGCUACGACAAUCUGGACUCGGUCAGCUCCGUCCUGCUGCAGAGCCCCGAGAGCAAACUUCAUCUGCAAGGUCUUCAGGUAAUCUUCCCGGAGUACCUGCAGGAAAAGUUUGUCCAGUCAGCUUUGAGUUAUAUUAUGUGCAAUGGAGAAGGGGAGUACCUGUGCCGCAACAACCACUGCAUCUGCCAGUGUGCUGACGAGUAUCCCCAGUGCAACUGUCCCAUCACCGAUAUCCAAAUAAUGGAAAACACAAUGCUGGGCAUGGCUGAGUCAUGGGCAUCCUCUUACAAAGACUUUGAGAACUCUGAUGAAUUCAAGUCCUUCCUGAAGAGACUGCCUUCCACUCACUUCCUACCUAUUAACAGCGUGCACUUGCUGUGGGGCAGCGACUGGGACCUGCAGGCUCGCUACAGGCUACUUCAGAGCUCCCUUGAGGUCCAGCGUCUCAAGAUCCGGCGUACUGCCCGCAAGCUCUUUGGCCUCAGCAUCCGCUGUCACCACAAUCCUAACCACCAGAUGCCCAGGGAGAGGUCUGUGAUGCAGUGGCUCAACAGGGUUCAGUCCUUUCUCUACUGCAAUGAGAACGGCUUUUGGGGAACCUUCCUGGAAAGCCAGAGGACAUGCGUGUGCCACACCGGCGUCACUCUUUGCCAGCGACCUAUCCCUUGCGUUAUCGGGGGCAACAACAGCUGUGCCAUGUGCAGCUUGGCCAACAUUUCGCAGUGUGGCUCAUGCAACAAAGGCUACAAGCUGUACCGUGGCCGUUGCGAGCCUCAAAACGUGGACUCUGAGCGCAGUGAGCAAUUCAUCAGCUUUGAAACGGACCUGGACUUUCAGGACUUGGAACUGAAGUAUCUGCUGCAGAAAAUGGACUCGCGACUGUACAUCCACACCACGUUCAUCAGCAAUGAGAUCCGCCUUGAAACAUUUUUUGACCCGCGGUGGCGUAAGCGCAUGUCCCUGACGCUCAAAAGCAACAAAAACCGCAUGGACUACCUCCACAUGAUCAUCGGCCUGUCAAUGAAAAUCUGCCAGAUGCGGAACAGCAGCAUCGACCCGAUGUUCUUUGUCUACGUCAACCCGUUCAGUGGUAGCCACUCGGAAGGCUGGAGUAUGCCAUUCGGUGAGCACGGUUAUCCCCGCUGGGAAAAGGUGCGCCUGCAGAACUCCCAGUGCUUCAACUGGACCUUGUUGCUGGGCAAUCGCUGGAAGACCUUCUUCGAGACCGUACACAUCUACCUAAGGAGCCGAGCCAAGAUCCCCACCGGCCUCCGCAAUGACACGGGUCCCGUUGAUCUGGCAGAUCCCAACAAGCGGCAGAUCUACAUCAAAAUAUCCGACAUCCAAGUGUUUGGCUACAGCCUGCGCUUCAACGCGGACCUGCUCCGCAGCGCCGUGCAACAGGUGAACCAGUCGUACACACAGGGAAGUCAAUUCUACUCGUCGUCGUCAGUCAUGCUCCUGUUACUUGACAUACGUGAUCGGAUUAACCGCCUGGCCCCACCGUCUGCGCCCGGGAAACCCCAGCUGGACCUCUUUUCCUGUAUGCUGAAGCAUCGACUCAAGCUGAACAACAGCGAGAUGAUUCGGGUCAAUCACGCCUUGGACAUGUACAGCACAGAGAUACUAAAACAAUCAGAUCAUCUGACUGCAAAACUGUGUUGAUCGCUCAAAAACGACAACGUAAGAAUGGAAAACAGCAGAAAUCCCUCUGCAAAUGAAUUGAACCUCGGGGGUUGACUUUUAUUUCAUUUUUCUUUGGCCUUUAUCCUUUUUGGACCUUUUCUGCCUUUUUGACGUGACUCAAACUUUGUAAUGAAAAAAAAAAAAAACGGAAAAGGCAUCAAUGAAAGGAAAAGGAUAACCGGAACUAAUAUAAAAGGACUGUAACAUACAGUAUCUGUCCAAGCAUGUCUGUCAUUCCCUCAAAGAACUUUGUCAAAGAGAGAAUGAAAAAAAAUGUUCUAAAAAGGCCUUGUUUAGUAGCCUGGCAAGCCAACAUACAUGGCAAGUCAGUCUGGUAUUCUGUGGUUUCAAUUGGAUUUCCAAUCUGGUCAAAUCUGGACCGACAAAUCAUAGGAUGUGAGGCGGGACUUUGUUGCGAUUGAGUAUUUUAUAGCCACACAAAGAAAUAAAGAAGAAAAAUAGUACUCAGAGAAUAAAGUCAUAAUUUUAAGAAAAAAGUCUAAGAAGAUAGUCUUAUUUUGUAAUAUUACGAAGUUAGCCACAAUGUUACUCGACAAAAGUCGUAAUUUUACGGGGAAUAAAAGUCAUAAUGUCAUGUAAUUUCAUAUAGUACAGUGGUACCUUUACAAACAAAUUUAAUUAGUUCCAGGACCUAAUUUGUAGGUCGAAAUGGUUGCAUGUCGAUCUGGAUUUUCCUUUAAGAGUACAUUAUAAUUCCAUUAAUUUGUUCCUUUGUCCAAAAACCUACUCUAAAUCCUUAAUAAAUACUGCUGGUUACAAUUACAAGUUGCAAUUACACAUAACAAAACAAAUUAUGAAUACAAAUCGGAACAAUAAUAAUAAUAAUAAUUUAAUGAAUGAGGUUCUAAUAUGGCGGUUGUGUUUUGCAUGCUGUUCCUAAACACACCGUGUGACUGACGACAGAGGCAGAGAGGUGUGUUAGUUUUUACUUUCACUUUUCAUGUUCUUUUGCAAAAGUUCACAAAUAAAUGAUUAAAACCUGAUGAAGCUAGCAUGCUAGCUUCCUUGCCGAUGUUACAACAAUAAUAAUUGUCACCUUAUAAAGACUGGUGAAGGAAGGCAGGUCGGAGGAGGACCGUCAAGAUCGUAGACAUAUUCCGGCCAUAUUGUCGAGCCAGUUCACUGACGCACACACCACUCUCAUAUUUUUCUAUCAUUUCCUUCUUAAUUUCAAUGGUGAGCAUCACCGUAUUCCUUUUUUCACCACCUGCAGUAACCUACUUGGGACACAUGUUAAUUUCUCUCACGGCAAAAAAAUCCACCAUGCAUCAGUCUUGGAAAACGUCAGAUUUAGAAAGGAUCGUACGUCAAUGCGAUCGUAUGUUGAUGGACCACUGUAUUAUGAAAUUUUUUUACUAUACAAACAUUAUAUUACCGGAUUAAACUUGUUAUAUUAUGCAUAUUGUGUAAUAUGUGUAGAUGCAGUGUGGCAAAUUUUCCAAAAUUUGCUCAAUAUUACGCAAAAUGCGCAAAGCUACGCAAGUUACCAAGAUUUCCUUAUUUGUGAAACCCCACAAGAUGCUCUCAAUAUUGUUCAUCUUAACAGAGGCAGCAAAGCGCUACAUGAAGUACAUAGUUGCUAAAUUAGCAAAAAACCCACAGGACUGGACAUUUAUCAUGACACGAUGAUGUGCAUAGCUGGUGGCCAUUUUGGGUAGGGCGACCAUUGGUUGGAAACGAGAUCUUGAAAAGUACGCACACACAUUAUUUUUAGUACUCUGAUGCCUUUUAAGUAAUUUAAGAGCCAUAUUGGUCACAAUAGUACAGGUAGUGGUAUUAGUACAACAAUAGAAAAUACACCAUGUACGCUUAGGUUUUUUUUUUUUUUUUUUACUUUACAUAAAAACAGCAGUUUUCUUGACGAAAUGCCAUGAUUGUUUGAGAACUACAAAUUGAUGACAGCCAACAGCGUAAGUCGCAAUGCAUUUGUGUCACAGCCGUGCUUUUGUGAUUGGUUCAGAUUCGGUCUAUGCUCCUUAGCACCACCCACCUCUAGUAUAAAUUUUGAAAUCUAGCCCAAACCACAGAAAACCAGACUGACCCGACAUGUACGUCAUACAUGGCAAAGGUCAGGCUUGCUUGCCAGGCUAUUUGUUUGGAGGGUUGUAUCUGAAACUGCCAUUCUUCUCCACGUGGUAUAUUAAAAAAAAAAAAAAGAAAAAAAAAAAAGGAAAAAAAAUGGGGUGGGGGGAUUUCCACAGAAAAAAAUUAAGCUGGCAGAC